AUUAACUGCAGAUACUGAUUGACUCUAGCGUAAUGGUAACACAUUGACAGUUCACGUUAAAUGUCAUCUCUUCGUGUAUAAAAACCUGAAGUCUUUCCAGUUAUUGCGUUCUGAAUGUUCAGUUUCAAGACUACUCCACCAAAUAGAAGGAGUUCUACAUCACAAUAAAACUUAACAUGAAAGCUGUCAUUGUUGUGUUAGCAUUGGUCACUCUGGUCAGCGUCCAUUGUCAAGAUGACAACCCAGUUUCAGAACCUAGACCAUCUUGUGAACAUAAGGGAGUGGUCUACGCAUCGGGUGAACCUGUGCCCUAUGACAGUUGUAAUCAUUGUACUUGUGGUGGCCCUUAUAUCUAUUGUACUUUGAUGUUGUGUCCUGAGGAUUAUGGGAUGUGUUUUGUUGAGGACCAGUGGUAUAACAACGGCACUGUGGUACCUUCAGGUGACUCAUGUAACACCUGUGUAUGUGAAAAUAAUGAGGUGACCUGUACUCUAAUGGCGUGUGAUGAUCAAGUCAUUGAAGAACCAACGGAAUAAAAAAGCUGUUGGGUUACUCAGUCUAUAGGAAGGAAUUGAAAAAAAAAAAGAAAUAAACUUUCAAUUUUAUCUAUA